GUGGUUUGUUGGUGGUACAGUGUGGCACGUGUUUAUUUUAAAAAGAAUUCUUAAAUACAUUCGUUAUUUAAUAAUAAUGGGUAAAGGACGAAAACAUAAACCAAAAAAGAAUUUUGCUGAAAAGCGCCGUGAAAAACAACAAAAAAAAAAUGAAUGGGAUAAUAUACCACACAGAACUUAUGCUGAUAUAGUAAGAGAGAAUAAGGAUUUUGAAAAUUAUUAUAAAACACAAAAUAUUGUUCCUGAAGAGAAAUGGGAUGAAUUUCUUUCCACAAUGAGGACGACUCUACCAGUAGCAUUUCGUAUUACUGGUUCUAAAUCCGAAGCAAAAGUUUUACUAGAUAUUAUAAAGAGUGACUUUUUUAAAGAAAUUUUAAAUACUAAUUUAGAAGAUGAUCAAGAAGAUACUGAUAAGAAAAAACCAAUAUUACAUUGCUUACCAUUUUAUCCAGAAGAAUUAGCAUGGCAAUUACAAUUAACAAGAAAAAUUAUACGUAGAUCUGAAGCGUACUUUAGAUUACAUAAUUUUUUAAUUGCAGAAACAAAUAGUGGUAGUAUUAGUAGACAAGAAGUAGUUAGUAUGGUACCACCUUUAGUCUUGGAUGUAAAACCUUGGCACAAGAUACUAGACAUGUGUGCUGCACCAGGAUCAAAAACAGCACAGUUGAUAGAAAUGAUACAUGCAGAUGAGGGUAAUAUACCUCCAGAAGGUUUUGUAAUAGCAAAUGAUCUUGAUAAUAAUCGUUGUUAUAUGCUUGUACAUCAAGCUAAAAGGUUAAAUAGCCCUAAUAUUCUUAUCACCAAUCAUGAUUCAUCAAUCAUGCCAAAUUUUAAUGUAACUCGGACUGAUGGUACAAAAGACAUUUUGAAAUUUGAUAGAAUACUUGCCGAUGUACCAUGUAGCGGUGAUGGUACAAUGAGAAAGAAUCCAGAUAUUUGGUGUAAGUGGAAUGCUGCAAAUGGUGAUAAUCUUCAUGGUAUUCAAUACAGAAUAGCAAGGAGAGGAUUAGAAUUAUUAGCAGUUGGAGGUAGAAUGGUGUAUUCUACAUGUUCAUUAAAUCCUGUUGAGAAUGAAGCAGUUCUUCACAGAGUUCUUGCUGAAACACAGGACUCUGUUCAAAUAGUGGAUUGUAGAGAUUUAGUACCAGGAUUAAUAUGUGAUCCUGGUGUAACACAUUGGUUGCCAGCUUCUAAAAAUUUACAAUAUUAUAAUUCAUGGGAGGAUGUACCUCAGCAGUGGCAAACACAAAUUCGACCAAAAAUGUUUCCACCAAAUAAAGAAGAUUGCUCGAAGUUUCAUCUAGAACGUUGCAUGAGAAUAUUACCACAUCACCAAGAUACAGGAGGAUUUUUUGUUGCUGUACUUGAAAAAGUUAAACCUUUGCCAUGGGAAAAUGAAUCAAGCGUAUCUAAUCAAAAUCUAGAAAAUACAAACACCGAUAAUAAAAAAGGUGAACUGAGUCUUGAAGAAGAGGCAGAACAUGAGGAAAGAGAAAAUAAUUCAAGUGACAAAAAAAGAGCAUUGGAAGAUGAAAAGAAAUUGCAAGAACCCCAAAGGAAACGUAAAAGAUUUAUUGGAUAUAGAGAAGAUCCGUUUGUUUUCUUUAAAGAUGAUAAAGAAGACGUUUGGUUAUCCAUUAAAGAAUUUUAUGACAUAUCUGAUGAUUUGGAUCCACGAUGUUUAUUAGUCAGAUGCAAUGAAGGGAAAAAGAAAAACAUCUACUUCACAUCACCAGCAAUCCGUGACAUUGUCAUAUCGAACGAAAAUAAAGUCAAAAUGAUUAAUACAGGUGUUAAAACAUUUGUACGCUGUGACAACAAAAACAUGAAAUGUGCCUUUAGACUUGCACAGGAAGGAAUGCAAAGCGUUUUUCACUAUAUUGGCAAGAGCAGAAAACUUAAAAUAAUGAAAGAAGACCUAAUUAUGCUCCUGCAAAAUAAUGAACCCCGUACGCCACCUGAAAUUAUCAAAUUGACCUCAGAGACUCAAGAACUUCUUAAAGAUUUUGCAACUGGCAGUUGUAUACUUAUAUACGAAGAAGAAAAGGCUGAUAAGCUUUAUCCAUUAAAAUUACAGUUGGUAGGUUGGAGGGGUACUAUGUCUCUUAGAGCUUAUGUGCCUAUUCAUGAUGCGAUUCAUAACUUACGUUUACUAGGAGCUGACUGUUCAAUGUUUGAAAAAAAUAAAUUCAAAGAGAACCGCAAUUUGUUAACAGAUGAAAUUAAUAAUGAAGAGCUGCCAAAUGAAGAGACUAUUAUUGAAGAAAAAAUUGACGAAAAUGGUGAUUCUUUAUAAAUGAUUGAAAUAAUUAUUAUUACUGGUGUCAAUGCUAGUAAUAAUCUUAUACCAAUUUAAUGUUCCUUAGAGCAAUGAAUGUUCGUUCUUUACCAUAUAUACAUAUAUAAUAUUUGUUAUAUACAAAUAAAAUACGUAUAUAUACUUUACUACAAACUUUA